AUGGAGGCAGUGCCGAACCAGGUGAAGCCUCUGCUGCUGGAGGAAACCUGGCGCUGGUAUGGGCCAAACGACCCCGUCACUUUGGAGGACGUAAAGCAGUCCGGGGCCACAGGCAUCGUCACGGCGCUUCACCAGAUCCCCAUCGGAGAGAUCUGGAGCGAAUCCGCCAUCCUCGAGCGCAAGAAAAUGUUGGAGGAUGCCGGCUUCACCUGGUCCGUGGUGGAGUCCGUGCCUGUGCAUGAGAGCAUCAAGCUCGGCAAGGCGGACCGCGACAAGUACAUCGAAACCUACAAGCAGACAGUGCGAAAUCUGGGCAAGUGCGGCAUCCGCUGCAUUUGCUACAACUUCAUGCCUGUCUUAGACUGGACUCGGACUGACCUCACCCGCCGUUGGCCGGACGGGUCAGAGGCCUUGGCGUACGACGCAGACGAGCUCGCUGCUUUCGAUUUGUACAUUCUGAAGCGCGCCGGCGCCGAGAAGGAGUACGAAGCUUCGGCGCUGGCGCGGGCGAAGGCCGUGUUCGAGAAGAUGGACGAUCAAGCGCAGCAGGCGCUACAGCAGAACAUCAUCGCCGGGCUUCCCGGGCGGAUGGUCGAGGCCUACUCCAUCGAAGAGUUCCGAAGCGCCAUCGCGGAGUACGAGAACGUCAAGCCCGCGCAGAUGCGGGAGAACUUGGCAUACUUCCUCCGCAGCAUCAUCCCUACCUGCGAGGAGGCAGGUGUCUUCAUGGCCAUCCACCCCGACGACCCUCCCAGACCUAUCCUCGGCUUACCGCCGGCCUGCUCGACGCGCGACGACGUCGCGGCGCUGCUGAAGGCCGUCGACUCGAAGUUCAACGGCAUUACUCUGUGCGUUGGCACAUACGCCUCGUCGCCACAGAACAAGGUUGAGGACAUGGCCAAGGAAUUCGCAUCGCGCACGCACUUCGUGCACCUGCGGAAUGUCACGAAGGAGAUGCCUCCCUCUCCGGAGACUGGACUGGGUCCUGCCGGCUGCACGUUCACAGAGUCCGACCAUCUGGGCGGUGAUGUAGACAUGUACUCAAUCAUGUUGACGAUGCUCGAGGAGAAGCAGCGCCGCAUUCGAGAAGGCUGGGGCGACUCGGCCAACAUUCCCUUCCGCCCGGAUCAUGGCCACAAGAUGCUGGAUGACAUGAAGGGCAAGAAGACGAAUCCGGGCUACACCUGCAUCGGAAGGCUCAGGGGCCUUGCGGAGCUCCGCGGCCUCCAGGUUGCCAUCGCCAGCAGCGGUGUCGUCAAGGCGGCGUCGGAGACGCCAAGCGCGAAGAAGGCGAGGACAAGCUGA